UGUGUGCACGAGAAUUCCUCUUAGUCACAGGUUCUCGCAAUUUGUCGGGAAAUCGUGACGAUUCCUACGACGACUUGGACAUUUUGUUCGACGGGCGUGGCCGGCCAGUCCAAGAGAAUCCUUACGAGGACGAUUUCGUGAUGACACAUCGGCGCUUCAAGGAACGUGCGGCCGCCGCAUUCGAGGAAGAUAUGGCGGAGUUGAGGCGCAAGAGGCGGGAUAUGCAGGAUCGUAUCUUCGACGUGAUCGACUUAAACGCCGAAAUUGAAAAGGCCAAGAACACGUUGGAGGCCGCGGAAGUGGCGUUCCAACGACACGCGACUAAGUUUGACAAUCAGAAUGACGAGCAGGAGCAAACGACGUCGUUGGCGCAAAAGCUCGACAGAACGCGCAAGAUCACCAACGUGGAGCUGCUGAACGUGGAGAAGUCGAAGGCUAAGCCCAUCGUGGCCAAGUGGAUCAAAGUGCCGGCCAUCGAGAAACCAGAGGCGGCUGAGCCAGCCGGGAAACAGCGCAGGAUCAACUCCCUGAUUGACAUUGGCGAGAUCGCCGAUCCGCUGGAGUCGCUCGUGAUGCAGCCGAUGAAACGGAGGUUCUUGAAGCGGAAGAAGAGCGUCUCGUUUUAAAAGGCCGCCGUGACGGGAAAGCGUCACACACAAUCGCAACGCACUUAAGAUCAUCAAGAUAUUUUCGCAACAUUUACUAUAAAAUCCGAAGGAUUUAGAAAAAAAGGGAAAAUAAUUACGACGAAUAUUAAGGCUUCUGUUUUCUCGCUACAGUUACUUCAUUAAUGAUGUCAGGUGCGAGAAAACGUAUAUUUAAAAUUCUUGCGGAAUAUAUUGUGAAGUAAAAAGAAUACCUUCACUGGGAAAAAAAUUUAGAAAAUAAGAACUUAUUCGAUGGAUAUUAGUAACAUAUAACAUAUUUUCUUAUACAAAAAAAAAUACAUAUAUAUA